AUGCCCAAGCUGAGCAAGGCUAAACAGAAUCUGAUGGAUAUGUGCUGCAGGAGCCAGCAUUUGGUGGAGUCACGACCCACGGCUGAAACUUUCUUAGUCAAGCAGUACAAGAAAACUAUCAAGAUCACCAAGGCUGGUAUUACCCGAAUGAGAACCAAAGCUUUAAUGGUGUUUAAGCUAGACGAAGAAGGAAACGCUGUUUAUACUCAAGACAUCGGAGAUCUCAACAUGUUCCUCUCACUGUCUGAACCUUUUUGUGUCCCUGCUACUUCCUUUCCCGGCUUGUACCGUAACAUUGUCCAUUUUGAUGAUUUCGACGAAUCAGGUUAUGUCCUUCUGAAUGCAUCCUAUAUCGGGAAAUCAUCCCAUAUCUAUAGUAGAUCUUCAAAUUGCAGGGCCCCUUACGACAUUCCACCACAAAAUAUUGUCGACUCUUAG